UCAAUUUAUUUCAAAACAUAUUCAUCAUAUGAGUAUCAUUCUAUCAUUAUUAAUAACUGUAUGGUAUUGCUUCUAAUAGCUUGUUCUUUCCAAAGUAGAACAACAAAUAACCUUGAGCCAAGUGAUUAGUUUUUUUUAUUAAUUUUCUCACAAGGGAGCCAAUUUCUGAUCUGUAGAUUUCAUUCAAGUACUGCAUUGAAGCACAAAAGACACCAAGGUGAACAAAUAGGACUGCCAAUUUUAAGGAUUUGUGUAUGUGUGUAUGUGUGUGUGUGUAUGUAUGCAUACAUUUAAGUAUGUGUUAUGUAACCACAUAUGUGCUGGUGCCUACAGAGGUCAGAAGAAGACGUUAGGUUCCCUCAAGCUGGAGUUUCAGGCAGUUGUGAGCCAGUAGAUCUGAAUGCUGAGAACCGAACUCAGGUGUUUUGAAGGAAGUGUUCUUAGCUGCUGUACCAUCUCUCCAGCCCUUGAUUGCCAAUGUCAUAGCUUAACUCGAGGUGACAGUUGAAGUAACCAAGAAAUUUCAGUAAACAAAGAAAUGUAUCAGAUAUUUUCAUACACAUUUAUUUCAUAGAUUCAAACCUAUCUUUUAUAAUGUAAGCAUAUAGAUAAGACUAUAAAAUGAUACAGUACACUGGAAACUAAUUUGAUAGUUUCUUAUGAAAUUGAGAAGACAUUAAUCAUAUAACCAAGCACAUGGACCCUUAAAAUCUUAAUGUCUCUGGAUCCUCAGUGUUGGGAUCACAGGUAUAUGGCACAUCAUCUGGUUUCUUUCAUGUUUUCUCAAAAUCAAGACGGUAUCUUAGUGAGCCAAUAGGCUAGUGGUUCUAAACUUUCCUAACACUGCGCCUUUUAAUACAGUUCUUCAUGUGGUAACCCCCAACCGUAAAAUUAUGUCAUUGCUAUUUCAUAACUAUUUUUCUACUGUUAUGAAUCAUAAUGUAAAUAUCUGAGUUUUCCAAUGGUCAUAGGUGACCCUGUGAACAAGUCAUUUUGGACUCCCAAGGGGUCACAACUCACAGGUUGAAAAACACUACACGUGAGGAAUGAUCCCAGCUUGUGAAAAUGAGCUGCUGCCUUCGACCUUGUUAAUUAUCUCUUUGGAUAUUUGUAGAGGUUCAUUAACCUCUUUAGAUGUAGUUGCCAUCAGUGUCACUGACAGCCUGUGUCAACCAGCCCAAGUCCAAGGAUGAGAGAACAUGUAUUUCUCUCUGAGCUAGACAUAGAAGGAUAGUUCUAAAUACCAUCACUCCAAGAGUAAACUUUCUAAGUGGUAGUAACCUCAGCUUUUCAUACACUGCACAAAUUUCAACUCAAACACCUUUGCACAGAAAUAUACAUCACUGUCAAUAUUUCAGUGAGCCUAAUUAAUUCCCCAUUUCUCUCUCUCUCUCUCUCUCUCUCUCUCUCUCUCUCUCUCUCUCUCUCUCUCUCUGUGUGUGUGUGUGUGUGUGUGUGUUUGUGUGUGUGUGUAGGGCAGAGGAGGACUUCUGGUAUGUUCCUCUAUUAUGAUCCAUCUUAUUUUUUGAGACCCCCUAGCUUUUCUGUGAGCACUGCGGAGUUGAUGCAGGCUGUGUAGCAAGCACUUUGCCAACUGAGCCACAUUCCCAGAUUCCUAAGUUCACUACUUAAUCAGGGACCCUUAUCAGCAAAUGGUUAAGAGCCAUAUUUAACUAUAUUCUUGAAAUUCUAGUUCCAUGACACAUGGCCAAUAUUGCGUUUUAAAACAAACACUAGCCAUAUUCUUCAGGGCAGAAUUAUCUCUAGACAGACAGGUAAGAAUGAUACUAUUUGCAUAUUGUCAUUGAUGCUCCCUGCCUCUCUAUUUAUGUAAAAGUCUCUAUAUAAAGAUUAUUUGCCACAGAAGAAAGAGCAUGUCUAGUGCACUUAAACUGCUGCACCCUAAUUUCUCCCCUUUAUCAGAGGAAAAACCACUUUUCUUCAUGUUUUCCACAGGCUUCAAGCCCCAACAGUUCAUCACUUUCCACUAGCCAAGUACAGUGAGAGGUGCUAUGGAGAUCGUUUUAUUUUAAUCAAUUACUUUUACUAAUUAGAGAUAGGAUUUUGCUAUGUAGCACAGGCUGGCUUGAGACUGACAAUCCUCCUGUUUCUGCCUUCCUAAACAUUGGCAUUACAGAAAUGGACUAUAGUGUCCAGUUCAGGGAUACAAGUUUUGAAAAGAAAACUUUUGUCACCCUAACACAUGCUAUUAUAAUAAUAGCUGACUUCUAUUGAUUACACAUUCUACAUGAUACAUACUGUUCAUGAAUUACUUCAUUCCCUGUAUCUACCCUAUGAAGAUGGUGCUGCGAUCAUCCACCUUUGAAGAUAAAAGCAUCAGUUAGAAAUGUAUCCAAGGCCAGCACAUGCUGAAGCUGUAGUCCAAAGGCAAUCUGUGAAUUCUUAAGGAUUAUCAUGCUCUUAUGUAUAUAUUCUAAUAGUAUUUGAUCUAGCUGCACCCAAAUUACCUCCAAUUCUUUCUGUAUAUCUUUCCUACCCAUUGAAAUCUGGCAAGCAUUCCAGAAGAAUUCCCUGUAAUAAGGAAAUGUUGGGUCCUGUGUUGUCCAAAAGGCAAUCACAAGCUUUAUUUGUCUUUUUAGAACUUAUAUGUAUAACUAACAGACUGGAAGUCGUAACAAUUGUAUUUCAUUAAGUUUGAAUGAACACAUUUGACUGAUGGGUACUAUUCUGGAUAAGAGGGAUGUAGACGAUGCUAAUUCCGAUUUCUGUGUGAAGACAAGACUCAGAUGAAUCAGUCAAUACUCAGAAGAAUCAGUCAAUACUCAGUCACAAAAAAGAAUGACCAAAGAAUCUUUAAAUUAGAAGCACCCCCAAUCCCAACCAUUUGAGUACAACUCCCCAUUCUAUUCAGACUUUCACUUUAGUGACAAACUAUCCUUAGCAUGUGAUCCAUCAUGUACUUCCAGGGGAGAUAAUGAAGACAGUGUCAUUGUUUGGCAUUGCAUUGGAAAACUUGGGGAACACUCUAUCAGCAAGUCACCACUUUGAACACAUACUCAGUUAUACUUUUGCCUAAGAGAAAAGAAAUCAAGGCCUAUUUUAUUUCUCGUCAGAACCUUGGGUUCAUAGGCACAAAAGGGUGCUGACCGAGUUAAAGGGUGGGAACAGUACCUGCAGCAGAGCCUGCACUCAAGGUUGAUACCAAAAGGGGUGUAAAGAACACAGAAAGAAGUGUCUCCUACUCAAAGCAUAAACAUGCAAACCCGAUGUCAGAAUUUACAGAUGGUCAGUGCAAAACCAGGAAGUGAUUCCAUAUUUGCAUGACCAUGUAACAUCAUCUGCUGCUGAAAUCUCAGAGUCAUGGCUGCUAAGGGCUUUGCUCCACCCUCCAGAGAGACUGGCAGUACCAAGAAGCAGCAGCAACCUGGGGAAGCCUCUAUGUACUGUGUGUGUUGAUGGCUUAGGACACACCUGUCACACACACACUUUUUUCUUCCUGUAUUUAAGAGUGAUCUUCACGAUCAGAUCCUCCGAGUCAUCUUGCAGUUAUAGCCACUGGACUGUAAAGGGAACAGCGUCCAAUACAGGUUGGAAGCUCACAGAAACAGGGCCCUGGGCUCAUACAAAAAAAAAAAGAAAAAACAAAAAAACCUUCCCACUCAGCUGCUCUCCAGCCCCAGCCAAGAGCCAGCUGAACUGCCCGUUGCUACAUCGCAUUGCCUUGGCUAUAAGGUUUACAAUUGGGCAGCUUAUAGGAUGUUGUACCGGGGACAGAAGAAGACAGUGGGCCUCUUUGCCAAAGGCAAUGCUGGAAAUGACAGAGGAUGAAUUUAUGGUUGCCCCUAGUCCUAGAGCUGGAAGGUGAAGUAAAAGGACUUUAAGGCUCCAGCAAGGGCUCUAACUCCACAUGUGCCCAUAAGCGCUAACUUCCCUCCAAGAUCCAGACAGGAGCCAGCUAAAAGGGAUAAGAUUAGGGGCCAGGUAAGCAGACCGUACUCGGUUCACUGACUGCCUGACCAUCACAGCGUCACAAAUGGCCGGGGCCUGCGGAGGCCGCGCGCGCAGCUCUCCGGGGCGGAGCCGCUGGGCCCAGGGUUCGGGGGCCCGAGCCACCUCGAGGCUGUCCAGCCUGCGGCUCCGAGGUCGCACGGGGCAGGCAAGAUGUCGCAGCUGCAGCCCGCAUCGCUAAGGCGGUCGGCUGAGCUCCCGGGUCCCAGCCGCAGCAGACGAGUGCAGCGCGCGCCCCGGGUCGGGCGGAGCUAGAGGCGGGCGCCGGGCUGGCGUCGCGCCACCGCAGCUCCCCGCCUUCCGCCCAGCUCGCGCCCGGCGCCCUGACCGUGGGUGCUGCUGCAGGUACCUGGGCGAGGCCUCGAGCACCCCGGCGGCGGCUGCUCGGGCCAGAUCGGCACUCCGGAGCCCUUCAGGAGCGCACCCCGCAGCGCCUGACGCCUCCCUUAGCUCCUCCUCGGCGGGCGAUCCCCUCCCCGGCCCUCCCCCUCCUCCCACCCCGGAGGAUGCGCUUCCCAGCGCCCAGCGGCAGAGGCCACGGCUCCCAGAAAUGCGUGCUCCCGAACCACUUCGCCCAGACCCGCGGAGCCCGCGCCCCCGCCCAGUAGGAAUAUGACUCACUGAUUAAAGAGGACGUUUCCAAAUACUUUUUCACUUUUAGCUGUGUAUUAUGGAUACUAAGGAAGAGAAGAAGGAACAGAAGGAACGGAAACAGAGUUAUUUUGCUAGACUAAAAAAGAAAAAACAAGCCAAACAAAAUGCAGAGAUAGUUUCAGCUGCGUCCUCGAAGAGUCGUUCCGGGAAAGAUGAUGCUAAUUCAGACAUUUUGGAACAAGACAAGUUCAACGUUACAGCAGAGGGGGACCAUAGCACUGAUGACAAAAAGAAGAGAAAAAGUAACCAGUUAAAGGAAAUCAGGCGCACGGAACUGAAGAGAUACUACAGUGUUGAUGACAAUCAAAACAAAACUCAUGAUAAAAAAGAGAAGAAGAUGAUGGUCCAAAAGCCACAGGGCACCAUGGAAUACACUGCUGGAAGCCAGGACACCCUCAACUCUGUUGCACUGAAGUUUAACGUCACUCCCAAUAAAUUAGUGGAAUUGAAUAAACUCUUCACACACACUAUUGUUCCAGGCCAGGUCCUGUUUGUGCCAGAUGCCAACAUCUCUUCUAGUACCAUACAGCUUUCUUCAUCCACCCCUGGUGCUACUGUCUCUCCAUCAUCAUCAGAUGCAGAGUAUGAUAAGCUGCCUGAUGCAGAUUUAGCAAGAAAGGCCUUAAAACCCAUCGAGAGGGUCUUAUCAUCUACUUCCGAAGAAGAUGAGCCAGGUGUUGUAAAAUUCCUCAAAAUGAACUGUCGCUACUUCACUGAUGGAAAGGGUGUGGUUGGGGGUGUCAUGAUUGUCACUCCUAACAACAUCAUGUUUGACCCUCAUAAGUCCGAUCCCUUAGUGAUUGAAAACGGUUGCGAAGAAUAUGGUCUCAUCUGCCCCAUGGAAGAGGUGGUCUCCAUUGCCCUGUACAGUGACAUAUCCCACAUGAAGAUCAAAGACGCCUUGCCAUCUGACCUACCUCGGGAUCUUUGUCCUCUGUACAGGCCUGGAGAAUGGGAGGACCUGGCUUCAGAGAAAGAUAUCAAUCCAUUCAGUAAAUUCAAGUCCAUCAACAAGGAAAAACGACAGCAGAAUGGGGAGAGGACCCUUGCUUUAGAUGCCAAAUCAGUGCGCUCUCCUGAGGAGUCAACUGAACGUACUUGCACACGCAUAGAGCCCCCAGACAACUCUGAAUUGUGGAAAUUAAAGAAUCUGCAAUCUUCCAGGGGAACAACCAGUGAGUCUCCCUCAGUGACCCAGCUCAGCAUGCGUGCUGCCUUGGAACCUACAGCCAAAGAAAACUGUCUUUUAAAAGGAGAUGAGGACUUUGUUGACUUGGAAGAACUUUCUUCUCAACCUGAGAGUGGAAUCAACAAAGGAGAUGCCACGAAAGAAUGUCUUUCCUAUGACCAAAAGAAGGAUGGGCCGCAUACAGUCAUGUCUGCAAAGAAGGGGCACGUGCAGUCAGCCCAGGAAGUUAUGGGACCAGAGAGUGAUACUGAACUGAAGGGAGCCCUAGAUCUAGAAACUGCUGAGAAGCAAGAUGAAGCCCCAGAAGUAGACAAACACUCUGGAUCCCCAGAAAACUUGGGGGAAAGCACGCUGAAUAUACACGAAGAUCUAGAUAAAAUUAAACUCAUUGAAUUUUACCUAAAUAAAAACAAGGAAGGGUCACAGCUGUUAGAAAAUGUGCAGAAGUCAGAGUUAAGUGACCGCAAAAGUAUUGAACCAGGAGGAAUAGACAUCACACUUAGUAGCUCUCUUCCCCAAGCAGGUGAUUCCCCACCUGAGGACAACAAAGAGCCAGGUACACUCUGGGUAAAAGGGGGAGAAACUCUGCCCCUGAAACUAGAUCCUAGUGCAGAGGAAACUGUAAUUAACAAUAAAGAGGUUCUGGAUUCUUUGGGAUCAUCUCUAGACAAGAUGUGUCACAGUGCACAGAUGGAUAACAAAUCUGAGAUUCAGUUAUGGCUGUUAAAGAGAAUUCAGGUACCAAUUGAAGGGUUGAGGAUUGCUUUCUUCUGUGAUUCAGAUAUACUUCCCUCAAAAGAAGAGAAGAGUAAGACCCCGCCCAUGUUUCUGUGCAUCAAAGUGGGAAAGCCAAUGAGAAAAUCCUUUGCCAGUCACACCGCCACCAUGGUUCAGCAGUAUAGCAAGAGAAGAAAGCAGCCUGAAUACUGGUUUGCUGUUCCCCGGGAGAGGGUGGAUCACUUGUACACCUUCUUUGUUCAGUGGUCUCCUGAUGUCUAUGGGAAAGAUGCCAAGGAGCAAGGCUUUGUGGUGGUGGAGAAGGAAGAGCUGAACAUGAUCGACAAUUUCUUCAGUGAGCCGACCACCAAGAGCUGGGAGAUCAUCACAGUUGAGGAGGCAAAACGCAGGAAGAGCACUUGCAGCUACUACGAGGAAGAGGAAGAAGAGGAAGAGGGACUGCCUAUCCUACAGCCCCACAGUGCACUCCUGGAAAACAUGCACAUCGAACAGCUGGCCCGACGACUUCCAGCCAGGGUACAAGGCUAUCCAUGGAGACUGGCCUACAGCACAUUAGAGCAUGGAACGAGCUUGAAGACUCUCUACAGGAAAUCAGCAUCUCUAGAUAGUCCUGUUCUUUUGGUCAUCAAAGACAUGGAUAACCAGAUAUUUGGGGCAUAUGCAACUCAUCCCUUCAAGUUCAGUGACCACUAUUAUGGCACAGGCGAAACGUUUCUCUACACCUUUAGUCCGAAUUUCAAGGUCUUUAAGUGGAGUGGAGAAAACUCAUAUUUUAUCAAUGGAGACAUAAGUUCUUUAGAACUUGGUGGUGGAGGGGGACGAUUUGGUCUGUGGCUAGAUGCUGAUUUAUAUCAUGGACGCAGCAACUCUUGCAGUACUUUUAAUAAUGAUAUCCUUUCAAAAAAAGAAGACUUCAUAGUUCAGGACCUAGAGGUAUGGACAUUUGAGUGAAACUCAGGCUGCCUUAAAAUAAAACAUGGAAAAGACUGGGUUAGAUUAGCCGUCUUACUGGAAGACGAGCCCCAGCCCUGGCUGCCUCAUCCUACAGCAAUGCUUUCUUCCUGCGGUUGUCUCAGAGCAUCAUAGCAAUGCAGACAGAUUCUGGAAGGUACUGUGGAGGGCAGACACUGAAGACAGAAAUCUCAAGUCCAGGUUGUUUUAAAAAAACAAAACAAAAAGACUUUGUACCUCCACUGCUUUCAAAUUCACACCAUGAGAAAUCAGAGUGUUUUUUGAUGUAUGAGUUGAAUGCAAUUUUUAUUUUUGGUAACUGUGAAAAAAUAUGAUACUGUGGAAAUACAUACCUUCCUUGUGUAUUUAUCAGCAUAAUUUUACCAAAUAUAUACUUUUUGUUUGCCAUAGAAAGCUAAAUCUGAUUUAGAGAAAUUGAAAGGAUAUAGCACUUAAAGGGAAUAUCUGAUUUUUUAAAAACUUUUAUUUAUUAUUUUUAGUAUAUUGUCUGAAAUAUAUUGAUUUUUUUCUUUUAAUGUGUCAAAUCCUGAAAUAAAGAAAUGUAUAUGUUUUGUGCUAUUGGGAAACAAGGCUCUUUUGAUUUGUAUAGUUUUUUAUUCAUUUUUUGCCCUGAUUAUUUAGGGUAAUAUAAUCUUUAUUUAUUAAGAGAGUGAGAGAGAGGGAGAGAGAGAGAGAGAGAGAGUCAAAAAGACAGAGACAGAGUUUUCAAAAGCUCAUUACCAAUGUUUUUUGAUCUAUUAUAGACCAACUUUUUAUUUAGUUUUUAAGGUAAUCUUUGAAAACCCUAAGCAUUUGUGUGAAGCAGAAUAUAGCUUCUCUCACAGUUGUAAGAUGGUGUUUAUUGAAAUACAGAUCUUUAUGAACAUGAAUGUACAAGUCCUACUUCUACAGAGUGUUUGUUUCUUAUGAAAUUGUGUGAAUUGUAUAUUAAUAACAGUAACUAAGUUUCUUAGUUUUUUUUCUUUUUUUCAUUCCUUUUCUUUUUUUUCUUUUACGUUGUUUCUUUCCAGGUGUUUACAUUAAUGGUAGCCAUCUGUUUUAAAAGAGAGUAUAUAAUUUGUGCAUUUUUAAUGUUGGAUAAAAGAUGCCAAGUUGGACCAACUUUCUUGGUUUCUUGAAUCUUACUGGAGAAAAAACAAUUCAAAGAAUUACAUUCAUAUCACAAUUGAAAGAAAAAAGAAAAUCUAUAUUUUUUUAAAUAUAAACUCAUUUUCACAUCAGUAGACAUCUUUUAUUUUAAAUAGUAGGAUAUAAAAUCAUUAAUGUUAAUGAUUGCCUCCCUCUUAUGAAAGCCAAAGACUACUAAUGGAAAAAAUUUAAAUAAUAGCCAAAGCUGAAAAGUAGUCUAUCGCGAAUUAUUUCCCCAGAGAUUUUUGAACAGAAAAUGAGCAAACCGUGUUUACAUGUCUGUUUAUGUUUGUCAUAUUUUCAAGUCUUUCUUCCAUUUUAGCCUCCUUGUAAGAAAACACUGUCCAGUGGUCUCCAUCAGGCCGAUCACUAUAUUCACUGCCAUCCCAUGCUAGUUUAAAGGAAUGCUAUGAAAAUUUAAAUCUGUAGACCAUAUAUACUUUUCACCCAAGUUCUCCCAUUGAGGACUCUUGCUUAAAAAUAUACAAUUUGACUUUGGUCUGCUCACACACAUGAGUUGGCGAGAUCCCAGGAAUGUCGUGUGGUGAUGAUGUUCACUGUUUGUAACCAUGCUGUUAAUGAACAAGAUGGUCAUUUUGCCUCUAGAUUACUCUUGCCUAGUUUAGUCCAUGAUGCUAUACUCGUGAGAGCAUAUCCAGAUGCUGUGUUCUCUAUUUAAAACAGUAUUGUCUGAACAGGAAUGUGUGGCCCUUUAUUAUGGAUUUCAACUACAUGUAAUGAUAUUCCAAUAUUUUCAAUAAAGGAAUUUAUGCAUUCAGUGUGAA